GCUCAUUUCUGACAAAAUGAAUUUUACUUAUUUUGCAGUUAACUAUAGCGGAGCCGUUAAAAAUUACUAUGGAGCAGUAUUAUAUGGAUGUAGAGCAGUUUGGAGCAGUUUGAAAUAUUGUUUAUUUAAAAAGAUAUGGCUGUAUCAAAAUUAAGAUAAUUUAUUUUUUUUCCCAAAUCUUUAUUGAUUUUUCAUUAGAAAUAUAAGGUGGAGCAGUUUAAUCUGGCGAUGUUUUUGGAUAGAGCUAAUUAAAAUACAUCGGUCAGUAUUUUUAUUAUUAGAAAAAAUAUACUUUUAUAGGCUGGGGCAGGGGGGGUUCGUCGGGGUGUUGUAAAUAUAACCUCAAAUCUGAAUAACUAUAAGAUAAACAUUUGUGAAUGUCAAGCAGCCAAAAAACCAUAUAUUAUUUUAGGUAUACUUAGUUAUGAUUUUUUAAAGAGAUUGAACGUAUCAAUGUUGCUGAGUACGUAGCAUAGAGUAUAGUGAAAAGUUACAAUUACUGGCGCAAAAUGGAGGAUAUACCACUCAAUAAAAUUGUAGAUGUUUCCUGGCGUUUUGGAGUAACAGUAGCGAGUAGUGGAACAGAUGAAGUUGGAAAAAACUUUCUACAAUUAAAAGUUCUUUAUGAUGAUGAUGGUAAUACAAAAUCUAUUUUCACAGAAAUGAAUUUAAAUCAGUUUUACAAAUUUCUACAUGAUUUGGAAAAAGCAAAAACUAAUUUAGAUAUUUUAAUGUAAUGGUUAUAAUAAUGCAAAAAUAUUGUUAAAUAUAUAUGCGAAUCUGUAUAUAGUAGAAAAAGAAUGUUUUAUAAAAAAAAACUAUUUUAUUAAUUACAUAGAUUUUGAGACCUAUAAUAGAUAUAAAAAAAAUAUACUUUCUUCUAAGCUACUCUAAUCAGUCCUCUAUAGUAGACAAAAUUAAUAAUUGGUUAACUUUUUUGGCUCAUACUGAUUGGUAAUCUGAUUGAGCUAUCACAGUUCUAUGCAUGAUUAUGCAUAAUUUCAUAAUUGAUCUUAUUUUAUUUUCUACAAUACUCAUAAGUGUAUGCAAGUAAUGUCUGAAUAACUAUUUGGGAAUUGAUAUAAAAGUUAUAAUAAUUGGAAACCUAAACCUAAUUUUACUUAAAGCACUUUGUGAUAGAGAUACUUCUACAUUUCUAUUUCUAUAUACAAAAAAGUCAUUUUGGAAGUUUCAUUGUGUAAUGGACAUACAAAAUGAUGUUCAUUAGUUGUCAACUAUAAGUUCUCAAAUUGUUAAUAGUGAUUAUUUUCCCUUGCAGUCGGUUUCUUGUGAUCUGAAAUAGAAAAUUUUAAAAAUGUAUUUUAUGUUAAAAUAAUGUGUAUAUAAAACUUAGUUUUGGGUAACCUUUUUUUCAUUUAAUAUUUAUACAAACAAAGAAAGCAAGAAACAUGCAACAGAAUAACCGAUUACAAGCAAAACAUUUCUAAGUUAUAUACUUACACUUAGUAGUUUACUACAAAUUAUUGUCCAAAAAUAAGCUUAUAUUAAAAAUAUUCAAAAUACAAGUCGAGUUUUAAAUAUUUAUAAAAAUAUUAAUUACUAAGUAAUAUCUAAACUAAUACAUGCAAAAGCAAAAUAGGAAGGAAUACGAUGGACGAACAGCGAGUACAAAAACUGAUUAAACAUUUUUAUUACGUUUCAUAACACAGGUUUGUAUAUAUAUAUAUAUUAAAUGUACAAUUAAGUUAGCGCUUGCCUCUCGCUUUCAUAGUCGUCCAUUAGUAUUUCAGUAAGCACCGCCACGUAAAAAUUUUUCGUCAGAGAAAAAAUAUCGAUGUGUUUUGCAUUUGUAUAACAUUUUUAUUGUAUUACUUGACAUCGAUAUUUUUUUAAGUAAUCUAAGUCUUUACAAUAAAGUUUAUAAUCAUGGCAAAACAUCAAAUACUACUGUAUAAUAAUAUUUGUACACAAUAGUUUAAAUGAAUGUGUUUGUAUCAAUUUGCAAAGGAAUGCUGCAGUGCAAUUAAUACUGAUAGCUGUACAUUGUACAAUACAUAUGGCACAUGAAAUUGAAAAACAAUAAAGCUUGGAAAAUUAAAAUAUACCUACGAUUGAUUGAGCAACUUCGAGUAUUAAACGUUAUGAAUAUAAUUUCAAAGUGUGAUAAAUAAAUUAAUCAGUUUUUCUAUUCAUGAACGAUGGUCAAUUAAUGUCAGUUAUAACAUAAAAGUAAUCAUACUGGUAUAAUGCUCAAUCAUUAGUAGACUAAAUAUUAUGCAUUACAAAUUUAAAUAAAAAAGAAACUAUACACACAUAAAAAAG